AUGUUUCUACAAGACUCCGAUAGCCCGACUUUCUAUGCGCUGUGUGGGCCACUCAACCUCAACGAGGGCAUUCUCGUCUCGCAAAACUUGACAACUCCUGUCAGAUACAUUCUGAGUGGAACCUUUCAACAGCAGUGCUACGAAGGGUCCAUUCCCAUGCUCAAUACCAACGUCGAUCUCAUUUUAAAUCAGUUUAGCGAGCCACUACCGAUAAUUCAAAAAGGGUGGGAGGAGUAUACUCUGAGGCCUGGAUCUUUUGUCAAUGGAAUCGUGCCGGUUCUCUAUUCCAUUUCAUUUCUGGCAGUGGUUACUUGGUUUUUGACAGUAUUUGUUGUUACCAAUUUGAAAAAAUCCUCGCUUUUUUUGCAGGGCUCGACUUCGUUCGCUCUGAUCUACAUGAUCCUAAUAGUGGUAAAAUCUCUCAUUUGUCUUCACUUCCAGCAGCGAAAUGGAUACUUCGAUGGCCAGAAGCUCAUGGCCGAAAUGACAAACACAACAUGGCUUAGUGCUAUCGAUUUGGUUGUCAUUCUAUUCUUGCAAAUUAAUCAAGUUCAAGUGGUCAUGAGAUUAUUUAGCCGACAAGGUGACAAGAGAAUUAUUUUUUUGGUGGGUGUUUCAGCAGCAAUAGCAUCGCAAGUCCUUUGGAGUGUCAUGAAAUUUCAUCCUUUCGAAGAAUCUAAAGAGGUGAAGCGUAUUCUUCCAUCUUUGACGUACUUGGUCCGCAUCGCAACAAAUAUCAUUUAUGCGACCAUAUUUACAGCGUUCACACUAACAAAGACCAGAACUCUCUUGGCGAAUCGGGGUAUUUGGCUCAUAACCGUAUUGUCAUUAAUUUUUAUUUACGCCCCGGUGGCGUUUUUUGUCGCUGAUGUUACCACUCCUUGGGCUCAUGAAUUCUCUGUGGUGACAUACGUCGUUUGCGUUGUUCUCCCUUGGGAAUGGUGCAAUAGCUAUCAGUUAAUCCAAAAAAUCCAAGAGAGAGAAGGUGUUCUUGGUAGGAAAUUUUAUGAGGAUGAGCUCUGUGAGCUCGACAGAUUGGGACUAUUUGUUGAAGAAGAGAAUGACGACGAUUUUGGUAGUCACUACGAAGUGUUGUCUGUCAAUUUUGACGAAAGUCAUGAUAACGAUGGUAGCAGUAAUACUGAUAUGGACCAAAGCACUAAUGAUAAGCCCUCUGAUAGUCUAUCACGACAAGCCACCAUAAACCUGCAAACUACAGCAUCCAAAUUUGCCGACAAAGGUAUACGAAAAGGAAGUGCAGCUCAGCAUAACGGCUCUCACAUUGCCUUCGCCUCUCUCGAUCAUCUGAAUUUCCGUAAGAGCGGAGUUCUGACCAAGGCGAAAUUAGAGGGCAGCUUUUCGAAAUUUAAAGACCGAUUUUGGAGCGCAACAGACACAGUGAUUGCAUACGGUUUAGAGCUACCUCGACCAGGAAGUCGAGCAAGUACAUUCCGUCAAACUCCGCCUUCUCAAAGCGGCAGGGAUUCGCUCGGUGAAGAUGACCACAGAAGAAUAUUUCAUUUGAAGCGAAUUCACAGGAAAAAAACUAAUGUUGCUGCUACAACCCCAAACCCGAAUAGACCAAAUCGUGACGUGUUUCUUUACACAACAAAAAAUGUCGUUAUCAAUGCUGAUGAGUGA